GGCUCACACAACUGUCCCAAAGGUAUUCUGGUCUGUGCGCGUUAAUGUUGCUGACUACUGAUGCUGAGGACUUCGAUGACAAGUCUGUUGCGUUAGGGAAGGCUCUGGAUGAUAUGGUGCAAUUCUUAGAGAGUCAUCCGGGUCAUACGACCAGUUCUGAUAUGUUUCGCCAUGUGCUCUCUGCUGCUCGCAGGAUCAUUACACUAUCUGAUCAGCGUGGUCGUACAGCGGAAGACAACCAUGGUGGUACGGAGGGUGGUGCAACGCAGCUGGAAGAGGAUAUGUGGAACAAUCCAGACAAUCUACGUGCCGUUGAGGCGAUUGAGAAGGCGGCUCAGCAGACCAACUCUGUUCAACAAAUUCUUUCAUUUACUGUUAGCGCGAAUGCUGAUAUUCCUACCAAAGGAUGGACAGAGGUUGAAGCUAUUGUUCGACAGUAUGAUGNAAGCUAUUGUUCGACAGUAUGA